GGCUCUGGAAACAGGACAAAGAAUCUCUCCUGCUUCCACCAGAUUAAUCCCAUUGUUUCCAGAGAUGGCGACCUGCUGAUUGGGAUUUUUUUAACCUUGUUCUCAGUUGAAGUGAACAGGGUAACAGGAGCAGAACUGUUUGAAAGUCCUCCUAACAAAGCCUGCAAGCCUUAUCAGUGGCUGCACAAAAAUUAUCAACAGGCCUUAGCCCUGAUGUUUGCUAUAGAGGAGAUUAACAGAGAUUCCAAGCUAUUGCCCAAUAUUUCCCUGGGAUACCAUCUCUACAACACCUACCACAGUGAUGAGAAGACCUUGGAGAGCUCCCUGCAGUGGCUCUUUGGGGGUCACCUCAUCCCUAACUAUAGUUGCAGGGAACAAGAUAAGUCUGUGGCUAUUAUUGGAGGAGCCACAUCUGCUCUCUCUGUCCAGAUGGCAACUCUUUUCAACCUCUACAAGUGUCCACAGAUCAGCUAUGGCCCAUUUGAUUCCAUUCUAUAUGACAAGAUCCAGUUUCCUUUCCUUUAUCAGAUGUCACCCAAAGACUCUUCCCUUCACCAAGGUAUUGUCCAUUUGAUGGUAUAUUUUAAAUGGAACUGGAUAGGUCUGGUUGCCUCAGAUAAUAUGAGAGGUGAGGAAUUCCUCUGGAAAAUGAGAGGGGAAAUGAUAAAGAAUGGUGUUUGUGUGUCCUUCAUUGAGAAGAUCCCAGUCAGUGAGAGACGACAUAUGGAAUCACAUGAGAAUUUCAUGCCCAGGAUCAUGACAUCAUCAACUAAGGUGAUUGUCAUCCAUGGUGACACAGAUUCAUUAAUGAUUCUGAGAUACUCACAAGUUCCUUUUUUCAUGACACGGAAGUUGUGGAUUGCCACAUCUCACUGGGACAUUACUAUGAGGCCCCUCUAUAGUGAAGGUUAUACUUUCCAUGGGGCUCUCACUUUUUCAUACUUGACAAAUGAAAUUCCUGGGUUCAAGACUUUUCUUAAGACAGUAACACCUUUGAAAUACCCAGAUGACAUUUUACUUAGAGGAUUCUGGCUCUCGGUUUUUAAAUGCUCAGAUCAACUAGAAAACCAAGAGCAAGAUAUAUGUUCGCCAAAUGCUUCCUUGGAGACUUUGCCUCUGUGCUCUUUUGAUAUGACCAUGUCUGGUUUGAGUUACACUAUCUACAAUAAUAUCUAUGCUGUUGCUUGGGCUCUCCAUGAAAUUUUUUUGGGAAUGUCAGAGAAAAGAUCAAUAGAAGAUAAAGAAUAUUUAGCAUUUCAUUCUUGGCAGCUGCACUCCUUCCUGAAGAAUACCCAAUUUAACAACAGUGCUGGUGACCAGGUGUUUGUGGAUGAGGAGAGAAGCUCUGAGGCUCAAUAUGCUAUUAUGAAUUAUUUAUUCUUUCCUAAUGAUACUGAAACUUUGGUUAAAGUGGGUCAGUUUAUCCCCAAGGCUCCAUUUGGACAAGAUUUCACCAUCCAUGAGGAUGCCAUAGUGUGGGGCUGGUGGGAUUUAGAGGUUCCCUGUGCAGUAUGCAGUGAGAGCUGUAAUCCUGGAUUCAGGAAGACUCCAUUGGAGGGGGAGGCUGCCUGUUGUUUUAGCUGCUCCCCUUGUCUAGAAGGGGAGAUUUCCAGUCAUAAGGAUGCAGAGUUUUGUACAAAGUGCCCAGAAGAUGAAUAUCCAAAUAAGCACAAAGAUCGCUGCCUCCCCAAGGUUGUCACCUUCCUGAAUGGAAAAGAAACUUUGGGGAUGACUUUGGGGCUUGUGGCAGUCUCCUUCUCUUUGCUGACAGCUCUGGUUCUGGGGGUCUUUGUGAAGUUCCAAGACACUCCCAUAGUCAAAGCCAAUAACAGGACUCUCAGCUAUACUCUCCUCAUCUCCCUUAUCUUCUGCUUCCUCUGCUCCCUGCUCUUCAUUGGCCAUCCUACCACUGCCACCUGCCUCUUACAACAAACAGUAUUUGCAAUUGUCUUCACAGUGGCUGUUUCCUCCAUUUUGGCCAAAACUCUAAUCGUGGUUCUGGCUUUCAGGGUUAUAAGACCAGGGAGCAGAAUUCAGAUGUUCAUACAGCCUAGAGUGUCCAACUAUAUUGUUUUCAUCUGCUCAGGGAUUCAAGUGACUUUCUGUGGCAUCUGGCUGGGCACCUCUCCCCCCUUCCCAGAGGCAGACACACACUCUGAAUAUGGCCAUAUAAUCAUUAGGUGUAACGAGGGUUCUGCCUUUGCCUUUUACUGUGUCCUGGGCUACAUGGCCCUUCUGGCUCUGGGGAGCUUUACUGUGGCUUUCCUGGCCAGGAACCUGCCUGAUACCUUCAAUGAAGCCAAGUUCAUCACUUUCAGCAUGCUGGUGUUUUGCAGUGUCUGGGUCUCUUUUCUGCCCACAUACCAGAGCUCCAAAGGGAAGGCCAUGGUGGUGGUGGAGAUCUUCUCCAUCCUGGCCUCCAGUGCUGGAUUACUGGGCUGCAUCUUUAUUCCCAAAUGUUAUAUCAUCCUCCUGAAGCCAGACAGAAAUACCCAAGAACAGAUCAAGAAUAAAUGA